GUCGCUUUAAGGAUCUGCCCUUCCCCCGCCAGCUCUAGUACAGUAUUCAAAACUAUUUUGGCAAAGAAAGUGCAGGAAGAUUUCACAACCUCAUCCGUCCGCGAAGCCUUCAAACGCUUCCCCUGCAAUCUCCGGACUCCAUCAGAAACCAUUACGAGCCCGAUCUCAGGACUCGCCGGAGAGAAUGGCAAAUACAUUAAAGCUCCUAAAACCCGGCUCCGUCCGCGCCUUCCGCCAGAACAAAACUCUCCGCUCCGGUUCGGAUUUCGUGAAACCGCUGGUUGGAUACAGACCCGGAACGUCGAGCUCCGGCUCGUUCUCCACGCUCGCUUCCGAGAAGGGCGACCGGUUCGGUUAUAUAAUAGUGGGCGCCGGGUCGGCGGGCUGCGUUUUGGCCAAUCGCCUCUCCGAGGACCGCGAUGAGUCUGUGCUGGUAUUGGAAGCGGGUCCAAAAGAUCUCCUCCUGGGCAGCAAAAGACUGUCCUGGAAGAUCCACAUGCCGGCGGCGCUCAUGUAUAACCUCUGCGAUGAUAAAUACAACUGGUUUUACCACACGGAGCCCCAGGCGCACAUGGAUAACAGGGUGAUGUACUGGCCGCGGGGCAGAGUUUGGGGUGGGUCGUCAUCUUUGAACGCCAUGGUAUAUAUUCGUGGCCAUGCAGAAGACUACAACAGAUGGAGUCGGGAAGGCGCCGCCGGCUGGGACUACGCUCAUUGCCUCCCUUACUUUAAAAAAGCCCAAGCGCACGAGCUGGGGCCGGAUGAAUACCGCGGGGGGCACGGACCCUUACACGUCUCGAGAGGGAAAACCAACCACGUUCUCCACCGCGCUUUUAUCGAGGCGGCUCAACAAGCAGGUUACCCGUUCACCGAGGACAUGAACGGCUACCAGCAGGAAGGCGUGGGAUGGAUGGAUAUGACUAUCUACAAAGGUCAGAGAUGGAGCGCGGCCAGCGCCUACCUACGCCCUGCCAUAUCGCGCCCCAACGUGACCGUGGAGCAGAAGACGCUGGCCACCAGGAUUCUCUUCGAUGGAGCGAAAGCCACUGGUGUCGAGUACAUAAAAAAUGGAGAAAAGAAAAAGGCUUUUAUCUCCAAGGAGGUGAUUCUGAGCGGAGGAGCCAUCAACUCCCCGCAGCUCCUCAUGCUGUCUGGAGUUGGAAAUGCGGAUGACCUGACAAAAUUAGGCAUUCCGGUAAUCGCGAACCGUCCAGGGGUCGGACGCAACCUUCAGGACCACCUGGAGGUCUAUAUCCAGCAGCAGUGCACUCAGCCCGUCACUCUGUACAGAGCCCAGAAACCUCUGGCGAUGAUGCGGAUCGGCCUGGAAUGGCUGUGGAAAUUUACAGGUGACGGCGCCACCUCGCACUUGGAGUCUGGGGGGUUUAUCCGAAGCGCCCCGGGGAUCGAGCACCCAGACAUCCAGUUCCAUUUUCUGCCCUCGCAGGUGAUUGAUCACGGCCGCGCCGGCCCCACGAUGGAAGCCUAUCAGGUCCACGUUGGAACCAUGAGAGCUACGAGCGCGGGGUGGCUGAAACUCAGGAGCUCUGACCCAAGAGACCCUCCAAUUAUUGACCCGAACUAUCUCUCAACAGAAAAGGAUAUUGUGGAUUUCCGGCAGUGCGUGAAGUUAUCCCGGGAGAUUUUCGCUCAGAAAGCCUUCGAUGAUUUCCGAGGCCCGGAGGUCCGACCGGGACCAAGCGUCCAAACGGACGAGGAGAUUGAUGCCUUCGUCAGACAGAAAUCCGACACGGCCUACCACCCCUCCUGCACCUGCAAGAUGGGCCGCACCACCGACCCCGACGCGGUUGUUGACCCCGACACAAGGGUGAUAGGUGUGGAGAAUGUGAGGGUGGUGGACGCCUCCAUCAUGCCGAGCGUCGUAAGCGGAAACCUAAACGCACCCACCAUUAUGAUGGCAGAGAAAGCUUCUGACAUCAUCAAGGGUAUCCCGUCCCUCCGAGAGGACAACGUUCCCGUUUACAGGCCAAAGACCCUCAAAACACAACGGUAACCAAUCAAUUCCAUCCUAAACGGCUCAACGCGACUUUUCCGUACGUCUAUCAGAUUAACCCUAAAUGAUAAAUAAUAUAUUGUCAUGA